AUGUAUUCCAUGUCGCGAAUCUUAAACAGCGGUUCCACCGGCGGGAAACCCGCUAAUGCUGGUGACGCGGCGCUCAGCGACAGGCCGGGGGGAAACGGCGGUGCUGGGGCUGGCGGAACCGCGGCGAUCCUCAUGGAUUUCCGCGCGCCUUCCGCCGCAGCUCCGCCGGCCCCCGCGCACGAUGCGCGCUCCUCGCGCCCCUCUUCCUCCGCUUCCGCCUCUUCGUCCGCCUCGUCUUCCCCCUCCUCCUUCACGCCUCCCUCCGGCCAUCCCUCCGUAUUUUCCGGCGGCGCUUCCGCCGCGCCUCCUGGCGGUUCUUCCGCCGAGCGCAUCAGGUUAGAUCUUAUGCCCCCAUCUCGCCACCCGUUUCCGCCUUCCGCGUUCUCCGCAGGAGGGGGCGGAGCGGGUGUGCGCGGGGGGCGCCACACCGCUUCGCUGGACCUGGAGCGCAUGCGCGGUCUGGGGUUCGGGGGAGAUGGCGCGGAAGGGGGAGCAGGCGCGGGGGCGCACGCGGGGGAAAAGCCAUGGGGGAGAAGCAUGAGCAUGGUCCCCAGCCUAGGGCGCGCGGGUGCUGGGGGAAGCGGCUUCGGGGGGGGAGGCGUGGGGGGAACCAUAGGGGGAAACUCCCCGGCGGGGGCUGGAGAGGGGACCGGGGGAUUUUUUGGGGGAGUCCGCGGAGCCCUGCGCGCAGGGGCAGGGGGGAAGCCGUCCGCAGGCGGAGGGGGAGGGCCAGGGGCCACAAGUCAGAACGUUCAGCAGGCGGGGGGUCUUCCGCGCGCGGGGGGGAAGCGCGGAGGCGGAGGCGGAGGAGGGGAGGCAUCGGGGAUGGCUGAGGCGUCUUGCGAGUGGUAUCGGAGGGAAGGGGGCGAAACCGUGGUUCUGCUGCCACGUCAGCCGUUGACCGACGCGCUGGUAUUCGACGACCCUGCCACGUCAGACAUCCGCGUGGACGUGUUCGCGCGCGACGGGUCGCUGCACGCGUCUAUCGCCAUGCACUCCCAGGUUCUAAGGGAGCAAUCCGAUUUCUUCUUUUCCGCUCUGCCGCGUCGCCCGUCCAGAGCAACAGGCACCGCUGCUCAGGGUGCCACCGCGGCUGCUGCUGCCGCCGCUGCGGGUGCGGGUGUAGGUGCUGGUGGUGGUGGUGGUAACCCGUCGCCUUCUUCCUUUUCUGCGUCGCACUCACCUCUUCCCCCCUCCCCGUCUCUCUCUCUUCGACCCCCCUGGGAGCACCAAGAUAAUUUUUCAGGAGAGGGGGGAGGAGGGGGUAGAAGGUCGGUGAGCGACUUGGUCUCCCAUCCUGAAGCCUAUGUCUUCACCCUCCGUCUUUUCUAUCACGAGCCGACCAUUCUAGAUGAAAUCGUGGCCGUUGGAUCCAUCUGGCGUGUGCUCGACAUGCUCGUCGCCGCUGCAGACCUCCAAUUCCACGCUGCCACGUCAGCGUGCGUGGAUUUUCUGGAAUCCGUGCCGUGGAGCGAGGAGGAGCAGUUGGGAGUGGUGCGGCUGCUGUCAGUUCUUCAGCUGCCCGACGCCCGCCCGGUUUUGGACCGGCUGCCCGUGAAAAACCUUCUGGAAGAGGACGCAGUCACAUCGGCGGUUCGCGCGCUUCUACAGAGGGGUUUAUCUUGUAACGAAGCAGUCAGUGCAGAGGAUGCUGCUGCUGCGGCAGCGGCUGCAGCCGAAGCUGCUGCUGUUCUUGCGGUCUCCUGCUCCUCGCCUCGUUCUUUCUCUUCUGGUUCAACUUCUACCCACGGGUUUAACUAUGACGUGCCUCCUGUUUCUCCUCUCUCCAUGGCCCAUCAUCUCCCAUCCACCACUUUAGCUGCUGCCACUGCUGCUGCUGCUGCUGGCAAUGCUGUCAGUGCUGGCCAUUCGUUUUCCUUCUCUCCUCCCCUCCCCAAGCCACGAGGCCUCCCUCCCGCUUCUGCUUCUCACCCCCCUUCUCACGUUCCUCCCCACUCCUCCCACUCCCUCCACUCCUCCCACUCCCCUUUCCCCUCUUCCUCCUCCUCAUCCGCCGCCCAAGCCUCUUCAGUCCCGAGCAUCUGCCCUGGGGGCGGCGUGCGCGAGUGCAGGGAGGCGGUAACCGCGUUACUGCGUAACAACACGGCGCCGAUGCUGAGCCGCCGCAGCAGGCGGGCGGUGCUGAAGCAGGCGUUUGUGGAUCUGCUACAGGCCGUGUGGUCGCAGCAACAGGCGAAAAAAGCCGCCCGGCGCGCUGCCGCCCCGCUGCGACGAACCCGGUCGCUCAAUCCCGAAUCCUUGAAUCCGGCAAAGGGGAGAGGAGGGCAUGACUUUCCCAAUUCUGUUUCCCUUCAUGCUGACGCAUUGCUGCCUGGUUCCAACCGUAGCAGUGGUCGACGUGGGUUAACCCGCACGCGCUCACUCUUCCCCCCUCGCUCUCAGUCCAGCUUGGGGGGGGCAGCAGGCGGGGAAGGAGGGGGAAGGGGAGGGGAGGGAGGAGGGGGAGGGGAAGGGGGAGAGGAAAAGGGAGGAGGGAGGGGAGGGGGAGGGUUGGGAGGGUCAGCAGCAGGCAGAAAGACCAGAGAAGCAGGUGGAGGGAGGGGAAAAGAAUUAGGAGAAUUGGGAAUGGCGGGAGAGAAAGAGACGGGAUCGGGGGUCGGAGGUGGGGAAGAGGAAGAGAGGGACUGGCUUAGCAUGCUCGUGCCGCCACCCCCUUCAUCCCCUUCAUUGCCUGAUUCGGUAUAUGGAAAGGACGGGUCGCUGACGUGGCUUGUAGUGGUUUCCCUCUCUCUCUCUGGCUCUGCCUCCCCCGGGAUGGAUUCCAUUAGUGACUGGAACUCCCUCUCUCGCACCGCAACUGCUGCUGCCAUCACUCGUUCCGGCAGCAGUGGUGGCGGCGUGACUAUUUCUCCGCUUCUCGGCCCUGCGACUGCCGGGAUUGGCCUCGGGGAAAGUGCAGCUGCAGGAGCAGCAGCAGGCAUAGCAGCAGCAGGCGUAGCAGCAGCAGCAGCAGCAGCAGCAGCAGCAGCAGCAGCAGCAGCAGCAGCAGCAGCAGCAGCAGGAGCAUCACCAGCAGCAGCAGCAGGGUUUCACGCGUCGCAGUCGCUGCUCGAGCCGUCCCCUUCAGGAGGCGCGGCGCCAGGGUCAUUCCCAACAGCGGACCCAGGGUUCCGCAUGUGCGGCGUUGAAAUAGACUCGGAAGAGCGGGCCAUUAUGUUGUUUGGCUUUAACGAGCUGGUGCUGACCAUGCCUGCUGCUGAGCAGCAGCAGCUGUACGACGCGGCCCUGCUGGGCAUGAAGGCGUUUAUGAGUCCUGCGACGCUGUUCGCCAGCUGGAAGGGCGACGCGUGCGACGACAAGUGGAUGGGGAUCAUCUGCUCCACGACCACGCCGCAACAUGUCGUCGGCUUCAACCUGGAGUCUCUCGGGGUGAAGGGCCUGCUGUCGAAGCACAUUGCGUGGCUGCCCUUCCUGCAGAUCCUUAAUCUGCAGGACAACCAGUUCGCAGGCGAGUUGCCCAAGGAGAUCGGCACGCUCAAGUUCCUCGAACACAUUGACGUGCGUCUGAAUAAGUUCACUGGUCCGUUUCCUGAUACCACGGCCUGCACCAACCUGCAAUAUGUUGAACUCUCCAAGAAUGACUUCAAGGGCUCUUUUCCGGAGUCCCUACUUGGACAUGACAAGAUCAUCUACAUUGGCAUGGCGGGCAAUUCUUUCCGCGGACCCCUUCCGCUGGACUUUUCGGGCCUCAAAUCGCUCACGCACAUAUCAAUCGCGGACAACAAAUUCAACGGCACCCUUCCCGAGAGUAUCGGCGCGCUGCCCAACAUUGAAGCCGUCGACGUCAGCAAGAAUAACUUCGCUGGCGCCGUGCCGACUACUUACCAGAGCAUCCAGAAACUCAAGGUCAAGGGGAACCCUAAACUCGCGGGCGGCAAAGCCGGCGAGGGCGGAGGAAAGAAGGGGGGAAAGAAGGGUCGCAAGCGCGGCAAACACGGCAAGCACGGCAAGCAUGGAAAGGGUGACGCCCCCGGUUCCGCCGCCGCGCCUUCUUCCGAACCCAGCCCCGCCGCACCUCCCUCCGAAGCCCUCCCGUCCGAGCCUGCAGUCCCCCUGCCCCCAACGAAGCCCGUCGUGAAGCCCCCGAAGCCCGGUGGAGUCGCUCCGCUCCCCGACCCCACCGAGCAGCCCACCGCGCCCGGGUCCCUCCCCGCGCCCGUCGUCCGGCCGCCCGUGGUGAAACCCCCCGUCGUGAAGCCGCCCGUUGUCAAGCCACCCGUUAUCAAGCCACCCGUUAUCAAGCCCCCUGUUGUAAAGCCCCCUGUCGUCAAGCCUCCCGUCGUUACCCCUCCCGUCGUCAAGCCGCCGGUCGUCAAGCCCCCCGUGGUUACCCCCCCCGUGGUUACGCCUCCCGUCGUUAUUCCCCCCGUCGCGGAGCCGUCUCUGCCGUCCGCGCCGGAGCUUCCCCCCGCGCCGGCAACGGAGUGCGACACGUGCAACCUGAACCAGGUGGCGUGGCGUCCGAUGGCGGACGACAGCACGAGCGCGAACCCGAAGCUGAGCAGCAACGCGUCGGCUUGCGUUUGCGUGUAUCCUCUGCGCUUCCGCCUGCACAUGAGCAUGAAUUACGCGGGCUUCGACGAAAAGAAGCAGCGGGACCUGGAGAUGCAGCUAGCGGACGACUUAAUCGUCAACUACGGCCAGGUGCGCCUUCUCUCGUCGCGACCCGGCAGCGUCGUGGCGGAUCUCGCGCUGGGCCCCGAGACGCCCGCGACAACGCUGCAGCCGGCGGUCGUGGAGCGCGUGCUCGCGCUGCUGCGCAACAACCAGCUCUCGCUCACGGGAUUUGGAUUCGUUGAGGUCACGCUCGUCGAGCCGCCCUCAGAGCUGCUGCUCCCUGCGCCCACGAAUCAAACUACCCCCGAUCAGGCAACCACUGAGGAGAGCAGCGGCGGAUGGUCCGCAGCGGCGAUCGCGGGCGUGAUAGUCGGCGCGGUGCUGGUCGUGGCGCUCAUCUUCCUCGUCGUCGUGCUCGUGCGCUGCCGCCCGCGCCGCUCCAGCGGAAGCAAGAAGAGCAGCAAGAAGGGCGGCUCGAGCAAGCGCGUGUCGGCCACGUCGGUGGUUACCGCGUCGUCCGCCGCGCAUCAUGUCCACUCCGCGGGGAAGCCGCCGAUGCACAUGCAAUCAUGGUCCAACAAUUCCGCGCGCGCCCACCCGCCACCCGGCGCAUCCUCCGCAUCCCUCGCCGCCGCUGCCGCCGCCGCCGCCGCGGGCGGCCACGGCAACAACACCCCCGGCGGAUCCACGCGCCGCGUGCCAGGCGUCGUCGUCCUCACCCUAGCAGAGCUCCAAAUGGCAACGGAUAACUUCUCGUCGGAUCGCUCCGUGAAUUCCGACCCGCUGGGAACCACGUUCGUCGGGACGCUCCCGAGCGGGCAGGAAAUCGCCGUGAAGCGCGUCGAGCCGAGCGUCGUCGAGGGCCAAUCGGACGACGAUUUCGUCGCGGUCGCGUCGAACAUGGCGCGGUUGAAGCACCCGAAUGUCGUGCAGCUUCAGGGGUACUGCGUGGAUUACGGGGAGAGGGUGCUGGUGUUCGAGCACUACCCGCACGGAUCGCUGUUCGACCAGCUGCACGGGAACAGCAAGGUGCCGGGUGCUGCGGAGCCGUCGCAGCACAUGACGUGGGCUGUGCGCAUCGACAUCGCGAUUGCCACUGCGCGCGCGCUUGUCUACCUGCACGAGGAGUGUGUGCCGUCCAUCAUCCACCGCAACAUCUCAUCGCGCAACAUUCUACUUGACAAGCGCCUCAAGGCGCGCGUUGCUGGCGCCGGCCUCUCCUUCCUCAACCCCGUGGGCGCUGAUGACAAGUCACUGUCGGACCAGCUGGUGGGUGGCUUUGCAUACAAUGCGCCCGAGUAUGCCAUGUCAGGCAUCUACACGGCCAAGAGCGACGUCUACAGCUUCGGUGUUGUGCUGCUCGAGCUCCUCACAGGCCGCAAGCCUGUUGACCCCUCCAAGCCCAAGCCCGAGUCCUCCCUGGUGCGGUGGGCGGCGCCUCUGCUGCACAACCCCCAGGAGCUCGAGUCCAUUCUCGACACCAAGAUCGCCGGGCCUCUUCCCGACGCUGCCAGGCUCGCUGCUUUCGCUGAAGUUAUCACACGCUGCAUCCAGCCGGAGCCCGAGUUCCGUCCGAGCAUGUCCAAGAUUGUGAGCGACCUCAACCACAAGGUGAAGGUGCUCCAGCCGGGCAGCUCACGCCACCGUGCCGGCUCCGCCUCCCCUGCCUCGUCCCUCAACGGCUCUCUGGCCGGCUCAGAAGAGACGAGGCAGCGAGAGAGUGUCAGGCAGGACGAGAAGCAGCGGGAAAAGAGUUUCACGCAGAAUGGGAGGAGGCAGGCGGGACAGAGGGAUUGUGGCGUGGGAGCGGAAACGACGAGCCGUCCGUUGGAAGCAGCAGCAGCAGCGCGCGUCGUCGAGCCUCGUUCGCGGACGCUUGAGCCCAUCGAUCUGGACGAAAUCGACGGCUCUCCUUUGCCGCCGCCGCGCCCCACCGCGUUGGAUCCGACGGCGGGGGGGAAGAGCCCUCUGUGGGUGGACGAGUUGCGAGAUGGCGUGACGUUGGGGGAAGAUGUUGAGGGGAGAUAUGAUGUGGCAUGUGGGGACAGCGAGGAGUGGUGGGGAGGUGAGGGGUGGAGGGGAGGAGAGGAGAGAAGGGGGGGAGAGGAGGGGAGGGUAGGAGUGAGUGAGUGUGGAGAAGGAAGAGCAGGGCUUGAGGGGAAUGCAGAUGGGCGGAUGGAGAGCGGUGCAGGUGGGUGGAGAGAAAGAGAGAAUUUGCCACGAUGGGAGGAGGAGAUCCCGGAGGGUGGUGAGGGGUUGAGUGCGGUGCCUGUCAUUGGUGGCAGGAGUGGGGCUGGCAGGAGUGGCAGAGACGAAAGCAACGUGGAGGCCCCUCAAAAGGGUGGCAGGAGAGGGAGGAAUGGCAGCAGCAGUGGCGCCAAUAAGGGCGCAGCAGAGAGUGAGAGCAUGAGAAGGAAAGAGAUGGAGCGAGGGAAGAGGGAAGCAGAGAGGGAGAGGAAGAAGCAGGAAAAGGCUGCGCUGGCCGAAGAGAAGAAGAGAAAGAAGCAGGAGGAGAGGUUGGGCAGGGAGAGGGCACAGAGGGAGGUGCAGGAGAGAAGGGGGGUGGUCCGGGAGGUGGAGGGGUGGGAGAAGGGCCGCGAUGCUGUGAGCAAGGCCACCACACUCAUUGAUGACCGAUUGCCCAAAGACGCUUUAGCAGCGUUAGAACGCACACUCUCCGAUCGCAGCUAUCCCUUCACCAUCACUCGUAACCCCGUGCCUGCCUCCGUGCUCUGGAUUCUCAGCGUUCCUCGCCUGCUGCCUCCUCCUGCUGUUGCGGCUUCUGCUGCUCAACCUGCAGCUGUGCAUUCGCCAGCAGUGGGCGGCAGGCAUGGUGGUGGUGAUGGGCGGGGAGUGCCUGGUGGAUCUGCUACAGAGAGGCGUGCUCUGGUGGGAGACAUCCCCUCUGCUCCAUGCCUUGGACAAACAACAACACCCCCCCCCUCACACGCCAACCUCCUGCCUUGCCGUUCCAUUGUCCUUCUCCCUCUCCCUCUUCUUCUCUUCCUCUAUUUCUCUCUCGUGCAGCUGUGCAUACGGCAGCAGUGGGCGGCAGGCAUGGUGGUGGUGAUGGGCGGGGAGUGCCUGGUGGAUCUGCUUCAGAGAGGCCUGCUCUGUGAGGUGCAUGGGUGGGGAGAGAUGGGGGCUUGGGGAGGGGAGAGAGGUGCAUGGGUGGGGAGAGAUGGGGGCUUGGGGAGGGGAGAGAGGUGCAUGGGUGCGGGGAGAGAGGUGGAUAGGCACUGGCGCACUUCGCACGUGUGGGUGUGCGUGCGUGUGUGCAGCGAUGAGUGGGUCAUGGCAGAGCACGUGACCGCCAUGCACCGAGCACACGUUGCUCUCCCGCUCCGCACUGCCCCAUGCCUCGCCUUCUCCGCCUUCCGCUCAUGCCUCUCCAGGUGCUGGCUGGUCUUGCAACGCAUCUCACCCAUGCCCCGCCCUCGCCCCUCUUACCCAUGCCGCCCUCCCCCAUGCCUUACCCUCUCCACCCUCUCUGCCUGCCUCUCCAGGCGCUGGCGCGGCUAG